UUAUGGUGCUACAUCUAUUGAAAGUGGGAGUCUUGUUAGGAAGGUUAGGAAUAUAGCAUAAAGAUCUGCUUAAACGUAAAAUAAUUACGAUAGUUACAUUUGUUGGAAUUAACACACGACUAGUUUGGAACUUAAACUCUAUUAUUGUCUAUAAAUUUAAAAAGGAAUUGGUAUUACUGUAAUCGCGAUGUUCGAAACAUUCCAGGAACCAGAUGUACCAACGUUGACUUAUUUAUGUUAGAAUUUGAAUCUCUUCUGUUUUACAUAUAUUUUUCUCUGUGUAACUGAUAUAGGAAGUGAGAGAUGUGUUCAUUUGAAGUAAUGAGAUCAGAGUUGCUUGAAAGUGUGAAGAAUAGUUUUGAAAGCAGUAAUACAGACAUACUGAGAAAGAAGUAUGACACAUUUAAAGUGAAUGAAAAUGAUAAAAGGUCGGCAUUGGAUCAAGUGUUAAGAGAUUAUUUACUCCAACUUCUAGCGGAACCUUCUGGGGAUGUAUCAAUAUGGGAAACAUAUGUUACGUUUUGCAUUGAGGCUUGUCGACAAGACAUGUGCACACCUACAAUGCCGGUUGUUCUCCUGGGCGAUAUUUUCGAUGCUCUGACGUUUGAUCGUUGUGAAACAUUGUUUGCAUUUGUUGAAAAUGGAGUCAACACAUGGAAAGAGGAAAUGUUCUUCAGUGCCUGCAAAAAUAACUUGCUGCGAAUGUGUAAUGAUUUGCUAAGAAGAUUGUCUCGAUCUCAGAAUACAGUUUUCUGUGGACGGAUUCUUCUUUUUCUUGCCAAGUUUUUCCCGUUCUCUGAACGAUCUGGUCUGAACAUCGUGAGUGAGUUCAAUCUUGACAACCUCACUGAAUUUGGUGGUGAAACUUCCAGUGACCUGAAGGACAUUCUGGCAGAGAAGGACGAGCAAAUGGAAGAGGAUUCAAAGCCAGAUACAAAGAUACAGAUUGAUUACAAUCUGUACUGCAAAUUUUGGGCUCUUCAAGACUUCUUUCGCAAUCCCAACCAGUGCUACAGUAAAGUUCAUUGGAAGACAUUCUCAGCUCAUGCAUCAAAUGUUUUGCUCGCUUUCAAGAGCUUUAAGCUGGACGAUAUGCAAGUAAAACGUCAGAAGCUGGACACUUCAGAUGAAGACAGACAGCAGCAACAGCAGCAGCAGCACUACUUUGCUAAGUUCCUGACGAACCAGAAGCUGCUGGAACUGCAGCUCAGUGAUGCCAACUUCCGGCGCUACGUCCUUCUCCAAUUCCUCAUCGUGUUCCAAUAUCUGAAUUCUCCUGUCAAGUUUAAAUCGGAUACACACGAACUAAAGCCUGACCAAGCCGAAUGGGUCCGAGAGAAGACAGAAAUGGUGUUCUCUCUCCUAGAAGAAACACCUCCUGAUGGAGUGGCAUUUGUUCAGACUGUGAAACACAUCCUGAAGCGGGAGGAGCACUGGAACUCCUGGAAGAAUGAUGGAUGUCCAGAGUUCCAAAAACCUGCCCAUCUGUUAGCAGCAGACGAGACAGGAGAAGAAGGAGGGGACAAGCGUAAAUACCUUCCUCGUCCGCGCAGACCUAAGAAGAGGCUUGGAGAACAGAUGAGGGACAUUACGCAACACGGGAAGUUUGUAAUGGGAAACGCAGAACUCACGAAACUCUGGAACCUUUGUCCGAACAAUCUCGAGGCAUGCAAGUCGAAGGACAGAGACUUCUUACCGUCUCUAGAAGGAUACUUCGAAGAAGCAAUCGAGCAGAUUGACCCAGCUGCCAUGGUGGAAGAGGAAUACAAGCGAGUUAAUGACGGUAACUUUGGUUGGAGAGCCCUGAGACUAAUGGCACGUAGGAGUCCACAUUUCUUCACACACAGCAACAAUCCAAUCAACAAACUGCCUGAAUAUCUUGAAACAAUGAUCAAGAAGAUUGCAAAGGAUAGGCCUUCAAUGCUGAGCAGCGAAGAUGCAAAAGCCGAGCUGAUGGACAACGAUGUUCAGACGAUGGUCCCCGACACUGAAGCUGAAGAUGAUGAGCUGCUGAAAUCUGAGGAGAAGGAAGAGCGGACAAUGCCGCAAGAGUACGAGGAUGAGAGGAUGGGAGCAGAGAAGCGGGACAGCAAGAAAAGUGUCCUACUGAAAGAGCAUCUGGAGGCCAUUGCAUUUAAGGUGGCUCCUCAUUGGAAGAAACUUGCAACUAAACUGGGCUACCAAGCGGAUGAGGUUGAGUUCUUUGAAAAUGAACUGAAGACUGAAGUUGAGCAGGCACUGAACAUGCUGCAGAUAUGGGCAGAGGAUGAUGAUGAUGCUAGCCCAGAGAACCUCUCAUACACGCUGGAGGGUCUGGGGCUGAUAGAAGCCGCCGAGACCUUGAAGGAAGCAGCGGAGCUAAUGCACGUCAGAUAGUUUGUUUUAUGUACAAAUGGAGUGAGUGAAGACAGCCUUCAGGACCUGGAUAUUUAGUCAUAAGAUGUUGAUAUGCAAUAAAUAUUACAAGUAAUGCACUGUC